AUGCAGCGGAUUCACGCACUAGCUAGUCGUCCCGACCUUAGCAACGCCUCUGUCAACGAUAUGCGCGAGUUGAUGCACAAAGAGCUCCUGAUGGCCCCCAUCAUGCAUCUUUGUGUUGUUCAGUCCAUGGGUGGUGACCACAAGCUAGGGUUACAUGUGGCCUGUGCCUGCUUUGCCUUGGGUGGUGCCAUUAUGGAAGUCACAGCAAAAUUGAUGAUCAUGGGAGCCUUUAAUGCUGCUGAUUGGGUGUCAGUUGCAUUUACCUUGGAAAACUGGCACACUAAAGGUGACAAGGUUACAUGGCAAUCAUUGGAAGUAUCAUGGACUCUGUGGGUCCAUGCUGUGGAAUAUCUUCCACUUUCAUUCAUGUUCUUCUGUAUCUUUUGGUCUGUGAAUAUCAUGGGCAAUUUCAUUGGAACGGCCAUGGGAGGAUUUGCCUUCUUUAUUGGAAUUCUGUCCAUGGACGAUUUUGUGGCCUAUGUGCUCAGCUUCAAGUUCUGGGCAACAGCAUCCUUGAUUGGACGCAUCUUUUUUGUGGCCAAUCGAGUCAUUUUGAUCCCCUUUUUCUUUGUCUUGCUGUCUUGGAAAUUGCCUCCUGCCACCCGAGCUCGCCUGCAGGUUGAACAAAGCAAGGGAAGUGGUGUGUCCAUGCCCACAACUGGAGAUGAGAGGCAUAUUGAUUAG